ACUCAGGAAGAGGAGGGACUGAACCCUGUAAAUAAUCAGUCUUUUCAUUUUCAAUCAACACAAAUUACUUCCUGUGUCGCUGUCAUUGCAACCUCUCAGCUACACGGCAACGAAGACUGCCGCGGAACCUGAAAAUGUGUACAGCGCUCUAAUAAAACAUUUGCCGUUAUCAAAGAUGGCGCAUUAACCUUCUAUUUACGUCAAUGUUCGGGUUGUAUCCUUUACGCAUGCGUAUGCCUUUUUUUUAAAAAAAAAUGAACUUUAUUGAGUGGCACAAUGAUUGACAAAAAAAUGUGUGAAAGGUUGAGAUUGACUAUAAACAUCGUACUUUGAUCUCAACGUCUGUAGUGAAGAGAAAUGGCGGAAGAGGAGCUGGACACCAGCGCAGUGCGAAGUAACCACAAACUUGAUGAACGUAGUUUAGACGAGUACCUGCGCAGGCACCUACCAGGUUACGGCGCGGAACCGUCCGCUGGGCUGACGGUCCGACAGUACAGAUCCGGUCAAUCUAAUGCAACAUAUUUCAUUAAGAAGGGCUCAAAUAAAUAUGUUCUCAGGAAGAAACCUCAUGGUCCGCUUCUGCCUGGAGCUCACAGGGUUGACCGUGAAUAUCAGGUUGAGAAGGCAUUGUUCGCAGCUGGCUUUCCUGUCCCGAAGCCCCUGCUGUACUGUAACGAUGUAUCAGUGGUUGGAACUGAAUUCUAUGUGAUGGAGCAUGUGCAGGGCCGCAUUUUCAGAGAUAUAACUCUUCCAGAAGCCAGUCCUGCUGAGAGAGGUGCAUUGUAUGUGGCUCUCGUCGAAACCCUGGCUUGUCUCCAUUCAUUUGACAUACGUGCAUUGAAACUUACUGAAUAUGGCAGAGGCAAAGGAUAUUGCAAGAGACAGGUAGUUACCUGGAAAAAGCAAUAUGAAAGGGCUGCGCAUUCUGAUAUUCCAGCGAUGGACCAGCUGGCCCAGUGGUUAAUGGACAACUUGCCAAGCAACGAUAAUGAAGAGUGUUUGAUCCAUGGGGAUUUCAGAAUUGAUAACAUAAUCUUUCACCCAACAGAGACUCGUGUGAUUGCUGUCCUGGACUGGGAACUGUCAACAAUUGGCCAUUCUAUGUCAGAUUUGGCUUACUUCUUGUCAACCUAUUUUUUGCCUGCCAAUGUUAUGUUAUUUGGUAAUCAAAGUGACAAAAGCUUAGGCGAAAUAAAAGCAGGAAUGCCAGCCUUUGAGGAUUUGAUGAACAUCUACAGUCGUUGUCGAAAUAUCCCUUUGCCAAUCCCAGACUGGAACUUCUUUCUUGCACUUACCUUUUUUAAAUUAGCGGGAAUAUCCCAGGGCAUCUAUGCACGAUAUCUUAUUGGGAAUGCCAGUGCAGAAAAUGCCAGCACUUUUGCUGAGGUGAUAAAACCAAUGGCAGAACAUGGGCUUAAAUUAGCGAAACGAGGGAACCAUACAGCCAACGAAGACCCCAGCAUGUCAGGAGAGUUGUUCUUACAGAGUACCAAAGGUCGAAGGGUGUUGCAGCAUGUGAAGAACUUCAUGCAACAGCAUGUGUAUCCAGCUCAGGAGGAGGUUUUGGAAUAUUACAUCAAAAAUGAAAACUCGCCUCUGAGAUGGAAGAAACCAUCAGUGAUUGAGAAGCUGAAGGAAAAGGCUAAAGAUGAGGGAUUAUGGAACCUUUUCCUGCCGGCUGUCAGCGGCCUAAGCCAGACUGACUAUGCAUUCAUUGCAGAAGAAACAGGGAAAUUGUUUUUUGCUCCUGAAAUAUUUAAUUGCCAAGCGCCAGACACUGGAAACAUGGAGGUCCUUCAUAUGUAUGGUACAAAGGAACAGAAGAAGCAGUGGCUCGAGCCUCUCCUUUCUGGGGAAAUUCAGUCUUGUUUCUGUAUGACAGAGCCUGAUGUAGCUUCCAGUGAUGCCACCAACAUGGAAUGCAGAAUACAACGUGACCACGACAGCUACGUGAUCAGCGGGAAAAAGUGGUGGAGCAGUGGUGCUGGCAAUCCAAAUUGUAAAGUAGCAAUUGUAAUGGGGAAAACUGAAAACUCAGCCUUAUCUCGGUACAAGCAGCAUAGUAUGAUUAUAGUACCCAUGGACUCUAAAGGUGUAGAAGUUGUGAGGGCCCUGAAAGUUUUCGGAUAUGAAGAUACCCCUCAUGGAGGACAUUUUGAGGUGCACUUCAAUGAUGUUAGAGUUCCUGUUUCUAAUUUAAUACUGGGUGAAGGAAGAGGGUUUGAGAUAGCACAGGGGCGUCUGGGCCCUGGUCGUAUACACCACUGUAUGAGGACCAUAGGUGCAGCUGAAACUGCCCUCCAGCUAAUGUGUGCCAGAGCUGCCAGUAGGAAGACAUUUGGGAAAAAACUCUACCAACAUGAAGUGGUCGCGCACUGGAUUGCUGAAAGCCGCAUUGCUAUUGAACAGGCCAGAUUGCUCACUCUCAGAGCAGCCAAAGCCAUAGACACGGUUGGGAGUGCACGGGCCAGGAAAGAGAUUGCUAUGAUCAAGGUAGUUGCUCCAAGAAUGGCAUGUGAGGUUGCAGACCGUGCAAUCCAAGUUUUCGGAGGAGCGGGGGUUUCCCAAGACUAUCCUCUGGCAUUUAUGUACGCGGCUGUUCGAACUCUCCGCAUAGCAGAUGGUCCUGAUGAAGUUCAUCUCUCAGCCAUUGCCAAGAUGGAAUUGUUGGAACAAUCAAAGCUGCUCUCUGCAAAAAUGUGAUAGAAGCGUGACAAUGACUUGCCUUUAUUUAAAAUAAAGGAGGA